GCUACGGGUCCAAAACAAAGGGCAGGCGGCCCGCGAGGCAGCGGCAGGAGGAUGUCUCGCGCCCCGAGUGGGCUCCAACGGCCGGAGCGCGUCCCGGGUCACACCGGGACCGCCUGAAAACCGAGCCCGCGCCGACCGAGUCUGGGCCGGAUGGGCGCAGCGGACCCUGCCGCGGACCGCGGAGCGGCCGUUGCACUGGCUUUCCCUUGUACCCGUGUGUGGACAGCACCACACGCCCUCCAGACCAGCAACGGCUCUUGCAUAUACUUUCCAGUGUUUUUGUCAGAGAGUCCUACAGAGCCCUAGCUCCUCCAGAGCUGGCCCAGAACCGAGUGACGAGAGCCCAGCAGACAUGGUGAAAAUGACCAAGUCCAAAACUUUCCAAGCUUAUCUGCCACACUGUCACCGAACUUACAGCUGCAUCCACUGCAGAGCCCAUCUGGCCAAUCACGAUGAGCUCAUCUCCAAGUCCUUUCAGGGAAGCCAGGGGCGAGCCUACCUCUUCAACUCUGUGGUGAAUGUGGGCUGCGGCCCCGCUGAGGAGAGAGUCCUUCUAACCGGGCUGCAUGCAGUGGCCGACAUCUACUGUGAGAACUGCAAGACCACACUCGGGUGGAAAUACGAACAUGCCUUUGAGAGCAGUCAGAAAUACAAGGAAGGAAAAUUUAUUAUUGAACUUGCCCACAUGAUCAAAGACAACGGCUGGUAAAGUGAAGUGGUCCACUCCUGUGUGAAUCCUAUUUUAUGAAAGCUGAGUCUACAGAAGAUCUAGCUUCUUGGUGACAAUGCGUCUUGAACUUAACCUCACAGGCCGGCCCAGUCUCAACACUUGAAGGUGUCUCUAGGCUAUCCACUUGGUAAGGUGCCCAUCUGAAUCCCCUUCGUGUACAGUGCGUGUUUGGAAGUCUGCGUUCUUUUUCUAACAUCUUAAGUUCUAGAGAAAGAAUUGACCAGCUGGUGACUCACCUGCCUAGUGAAUACUUUCUUUUACCCUACGCCUGCAAUGCCUGGCUGUGUUCUCACCAAGCCCAAGUCCCCAAAGCCGAGAAGCAAGGUCCCUCUCACAAGCAAAGGCAUAGUUACCAGAAGUAGUCAGCAGAUUUAGAUGCAAAACAUGUCUCCAAAAACUGACACCAGCCACUGGUAACACGGAAGAGAAGCUAAGGAAGCAAGCAUUCAGUGUACAUCUUAAGCCACUGAGCUGACUCCCUUGGUGCUGCGGCAGCACAGCGGCUCAAAAUGUAGGGCUGGUCCCUGCCACAGAGCAACAGGCAGGGUUUCACUUUAUACCCUGGAUGUACUUGAAAUAGUUAUGCAUACGGAGGCCAGAGCCAGUAGGGGAAACUGCAGAACAUGAGUGUUUUCCAUGAUGAAGGAAGCGUUAGCUUAGUAUGGGAGCUACCUUUUCUGCCUGGAAUCACCUCAUGACCUGACAGGGAGGGAUCUGGGCCAUCCCCCAAGCCCAGGCUCUCAGAUUUGAAGUCACAACUCAUCAUACUCCUGUGCAUCUAUAAGGAGUGGCCAAUUUGCAGAGAGGGUGGAGGCCAGAGCCAUUCCCAGAUAAGUUUCAUUGUUUUGUACCCUCCCCAGGGCAGAAGGGCAGGAAGUAGGCCUGUGAAGGCUGAGAGCCCUGGAGCUGCAAAGGCAGCAUUCCAGGAAAGCCAUAACACCGGCUGCCCUAGACACCCAGGUAGUCAAAAAGCAGUUUCUAUCUAGUCCUUUGGGCUCCAGCCCCAAACCUGCUAAACCCAGAUCCUCUGGCCAGCACAGGCACUCCUGAUCACGUCAAAACCUACAUUUUGGUGCCAUUUCUUUGCCCAAGAUUGGAAGCCUGAUAAUACAGGAAAUGCCUGUGCAAUGCUGGUCCUGCCCAAGCUGCUUUUUUCCCAACUACUUCCUGUUUCCCUCUAGACUAAGGCUGGCAAAGCAAAGUGACUCUACCAGUAAGGUAAGUGCUGAAACUCAGCACAAGCAGCCGUGUGACCUUGGCAAGGCUCAGUGCCAUCCUUAUCUAGGAAUGAACACUAGUCAACAGCCAGCUCAAACUGGACAUGCCCACCUGGCUAGUUUUUAAUACUUUUCAGAGUGGGAAUUUGGUGGCUGAGGCAUGGGAGGCUGGAUUUCCCCAGUGGGAAGAAGGCAAGGGAGACUUGAGUACAUCCUUAUAGAUGCCUCACUAAAGCUGAACAGUCUUGGAGAAGUCUUCUGUAUAUACUAAGAUUAUAUUUAGACUUUAUGCUCUGGGCGUGCUAUCUGCCCCUCAACUGAGCACUCUGUAUUGUCUUUUGUGAGAGCUCUGACUGGAAUGUUUUUUGCUAGUACUCUAUAUGACUUACCUGUAUUGGGGAGUAAUGGAUAUAAACAAACCAUUUAUCAAGGUUUUUUUGGAUUUUGCGUUGGCCUUCUGUGAAAUAUAAACCAAAAGAACUAACCAUGAGCUGGCUUCAGGGUAAGUGAUGCAAGACCACAACCAGGCGUGCUGGUAAACCACUGAAUGUCUCACCGCCUUACAUUUCUAAACAGCACCAUUCUGUUACUAUUUUAAAGAUGUUUCCUUCAGAACAGUGGGAGGUGAUACCAGGUCAUAAACGCCACUUUGCGUCAUAAAUCCACUUUGGUCAUAAAUCCACUUUAGAAAUGUGGAUUAUUUCCUUGUUGUCUUGUUAGUGUAUACAUAGUAUUUUUAUACCUUAAUGCUUAUUCUUGAUGGCAUCUGUCAGGUAUUUGAAAAGAUCAGAAACGAGAUUUUUUUUUUCCCCUCAAAAAAGUCCUUUAUUUUCUGAUGAGCUCAUCAGGCAGUUUUCAAAAUCCAAGUGUCUUUACUGUCUAAAACACUACCAUUUAAGCUGUAGACAACCGACCCAUGGAAAUGCAAGCCCUGGUGAUCUGUCCUCUGUGCUGGAGGACAGGAGAGGAGGACACAGCUGCCUGCCCUGGGGACAGGUGUCGGCUGCUGAGCAAGGCUGACUGCAGUGCUGUGGAAGCCACACGGAGUUCACCAUGAGCAGCAGGACCAGCAAGCUCGAGCGAACAGAGCGCCUUGGCCUCCCUGUCUCCUAGCCAAAGCUGUCAGCCCCCUGUGGCGUAUCCGUGGGAGGUAUAAAAUAAAGCUCCUGUCACACA